CACUUUUUUUAACGUUUUAGCUUUUUUUUCCACACCCUCCCAGAAUGCUCGCACUCAAUCUGUCAGGGCUGCCACACCCACUCCCAAAGUCGUUACUACCACUCACUCCACCAUCACUUACAUCUUCCCCUGUCGCUCCCAAGUCCUCCUUUCCCGCCGCCCCACUUUCCAGAGCAGAGUGCCAAACGUUCAACUCUGGGUCUGACACUUGCACGCUGCGUGUAUUCCCAGGCACAGCAUUAACCCAGGACCGCGCCUUCGUUCUCUGGGGUGAUAUCCAAGCAUCCUUCCCGAACGCUGCUCGACUCCAAUGCGGUCAGCGUGCUUUGGAAUUCAUGAACGACGCUGAAGGAAACAGAUUGAAACCCUGGCGGAUAGAAUAUCAAGCAGGCGCAACAAUUCAGGUCAUCAUGCACCGCGCUUCAAGCCUGUAUGCGCCUCCAGCGCUUCCACCGCCACCACCACCACGACCUCCUCUUACUUCUCCGCUUCCUCGGCGAUAAUAACAAAACUGUAUCGAAAUGCUAAAAAACGACUCAUCAAUCCCCACCCAGCUAGUGUAUAUAAUGAAGGUCC